AUUAGUUCUCAGUGUCGUCCUAGGGGAAGAGAUGAUGGACGACUCCGGCGGUGUCCAAAUGGCGAGGGCGCUGAAGCACGCAGCCCUGUGCCUGAUGCUGCUGCCCCGGUUCCUCCUGGCCGCCGUCAUGCUGUGGCUCCUGGAUUUCUUGUGCAUCAGGAGAAAAGUGCUGCUGAAAAUGGGCGAGCGCCAGGACAGCCCGGACGACCCGCCGGUGUGCGUCUCCGACUCCAACAAGAUGUUCACCUGGGAGUCCCUCAGAGCCGUGUGGCACGGCCAGAAGCUGGACUUUCUCAAAUCGGCGCACCUCGGCGAGGCUGCGCCCAACACCGAGGUGGUGCUGGUCCAGGAGCGGCGGCAGGUCCGGAUCCUGGACUGCACGAAAGGGAAGAGACCGCUCGUCCUCAACUUUGGCAGCUGCUCCUGACCGCCGUUCAUGACGCGCCUGGCGGCGUUUCAGCGCGUCGUCCGCCAGUACACGGACAUCGCAGACUUCUUGGUUGUGUACAUCGAGGAGGCGCACCCGUCGGACGGCUGGGUGAGCUCCGACGCGCCUUACCAGAUUCCCAAGCACCGCUGCCUGGAGGACCGGCUGAGAGCCGCGCAGCUGAUGCUCACCGAGGUGCCAGAGAGCAAGGUGGUGGUGGACAACAUGGACAACUCGUCCAACGCCGCGUACGGAGCCUACUUUGAGAGACUUUACAUCGUGAUGGAUGAGAGGGUGGUGUACCAGGGGGGAAGGGGUCCGGAGGGCUACCGGAUCUCCGAACUGAAAAACUGGCUGGAGCAAUACAGGAAGGAGGUGGUGGACCCCCAGACAGCGGUGCUGUGUGUGUAGCCGAACCGUCCUGCUGCUCUGCCCUCCGCUUUAGUGUCCAAUCCACAGUGCAAAAUAUCCAGAUGCUGCUAUCAAACGUUCACACAUGGCACAUUAUAUAUAUAUAUAUUAUAUUAUAUUUGUUGUUUCUCUUGCAUUCAAAUGUUAAGGACUGACAGAUAGAGGUUCAGUUUUAAGUUGACGCCUUUAGCCUAUAGAUUGUAGGCUGUUAAACUGUGUUGUCAUGACUUUAAAUUAAUUCCUCAUAGCGAUUUUCUUUAUUUUUUUUUUGCAAGGAAAAAGUAUUUGAAUCAAUUGAAGUCGAGUUCAGUUGGUGAUCACUCUAUUUUUCUACUGCGUGUUUGUGUGUAUGUAAGCGUGUGUAUGUGCGCGCGCGUGCACGCGAGGGAGCGCGCGUUCAGCCUAAUAUAUCUCACUCUGGCGUCUGUGUGAAGUUCGGUUUUUAAAAGGCACAUCCAGAAAACCGGUACUGAUGUUUCUGACACUAGAAGCAGGGCCAUAUUAGCUGGAUGCUCUCUCCUUCUGUGGUCCACUGCCAAACGAUGUGAUGUUGAAAACGAUGUAACUGAACAAAUGUGUUGUUUGUUUGUUUGUUUGUUUUUUUAAUAAAAUUCAGAUCAGCUGAAGGGAGAGAGAAAAACACCUUAAAGUUAUUUGUUUUGAUCAUUUUAUAAGUGCUUUGCCUUAAAAUAGUGGUGCGACCAAUGGGGCAUUUGUGCAGCCCGCAAUUUAUAUUAUAUAUUUUUAAUUAUCUAUAGAGCAAGAUUUUCAUUAAUUGGAGGCCUUUCGGAAAAGCUCUAUAGACAAAUUUAAAUAUUAAAUGGAAAAUGUUCAGUAGCAUCACAAAGAAUUCAUCUUAUUUACCACUUUUUAUUA